AUGAAGACCAUGAAGUCUCGUCGCUCCGGCGGCACAAGUGGCGGGGGCAUCCGCAAGCGGGGUCCGACGCGCACCGACCGAGACGGUGACAUGGAUAUGGAUCGACCUGGUGUACGGGGAGGAAAGCGUGGUCGAGGCGAUACCGGACGAUCAAGUGCAUCUGGCCGACCCCAGGCGCGUGAGAGGAACCUGGAUCUGCUUCAGAAAGCAGUCUCCGGCGGCAAGGACUCCCAGGCCAAUAUUCGGCAAGGCAAAGGCUCCGGCGGAAGCAACCUUGAACAGUUCAGUGUUCGCAACUGGAAGGACAGCAAGGCGGCAUCCAACCGCGACGGCGGCGUCGAAAGCCUUACCGCAUUUCUCGAGAGACGACUGAACGCAUCCACCAAAUCGGGUCCACGCGCCAAAAUUACCAAGUCGCGAGUCGAAGGCGACACACUUGUGGUAUUCGUCAAGCCAGAACUGGCGGAACGGAUGAUUCGACUUAAUGACAAUCUGUUUGCAGGUGUCCAUAUCACCAUCGAACCUUACGAUGGAACUUCUGCCCUUGAUCGCGACCUGGCUACCAGCAAUGGCACUUCGGCCGCAACUGCAGAUACGAAAUCUAAGAUGACGGCUAUUCUCGGCAAACGCUACUACCCGGAUACCAAACUCCUCGACCUUUCGAAGCUCGUGACCGAUGAGGGUCUGCAGGCCAUGGGAAUUUUCAACAGCACUUCUACGGAGUCCAAGUUCUUCCCGGCAUUGAUGAAAGUCUGGGAGAUGCAGUUCACCAGCUCCACCCAGCGACGUGAGGCGGUGGAGAGUGUCAGUCUGGCAGACAACCAACUUGCCAAUAUCACAGUCGUCACAACCCUGGCUCAGACCGUCCCCGAUCUGAAAAACCUUGAUCUCACGAACAACAACUUCAAGGACCCGUCUUCAAUGAGUGGGUGGCGGUGGAAGUUCCGGAACCUGGAGUUUCUGGAUCUGAGUGGGAACCCCAUCAGCGCCGUCCCGACUUUCAAGGACACCAUGUUGAAGUGGUAUCCGAAGCUACGCAUUUUGAAUAAUGUCGAGGUUCGAACUGCAGAGGAAAUUGCGGCUCAGAAGAAGACCCCCAUUCCUGUCCAAGCACCAUACUUCCAUGAUGAGUCUCAGAUCGCCGAGAACUUCAUUCGCGCCUUUUUCGUCAGCUACGAUAACAACCGCGCUGAACUCAUCAAGGGCGUUUACGACAAUGAGUCCACCUUCUCCAUGAACGUCAACACCCAGGCUCCCAAAGCCCAGCAAAUCGAAACCGCAGGCUGGGAUGCUUACAUCAAGAGGAGCCGGAACCUUCUCAAAAUCAGCCAUCUCCCUGCACGCAUGUCGCGUAUCUACACUGGUGCUGAAAAGAUCCUUGAAUUGUGGAACGAUCUCCCUCAAACCCGCCAUCCCGACAUGGCCACCCAAGCAGACGACUAUCUCAUUGAAUGCCACCAAAUGCCGGGACUUCCUGACCCAACCGGCCAGAGCCCCACUGGAGUGGGCGGUCUCAUAAUCAUGGUGCAUGGAAAGUUUGAGGAGAGUGUUGGAGGCAAAGUGGAAACGCGCAGUUUCGACAGAACCUUCAUCAUCGGUCCCGGAGGUGGCAUCGGUGGUAUCCGAGUUGUCAGCGAUAUCCUGUGUCUCCGGGCAUACGGCGGUAAUGAGGCGUGGAGCCCAGAGAGUCAGGCUAUUCCUCAGGCUAUCCAUCCGGCAGCUGCUCCUCCCGCCGCCGCCGCCGCCGCCGCUGCUCCAGCUCCCGUCUCUACUCCCCCCGUGGCUCAACUCGGCCUUCCUGCGGGUUACGGUUCCCCCGCCCCUGGCAAAACCGAUACUCAAGUCCAGCAAGAACAGCUAGUUGCCCAUAUGAGCGCCAAGUCUGGCAUGACCCUACAGUUCUCGGAAAUGGCCCUUUCGGGCAAUGGCUGGAACCCUGAGGCCGCGUGGAAGAACUUCGAAGAAUUGAAGGCACAGGGCACCCUUCCCGCCGACGCUUUUCUCCCUACGGCAUGA